UGAGGCGGAGUCCAUCCGGAGUGGGAAGGGGUCUGCUUCGCUGUUGACAGCAUCUGCGGUUUGCUGGUCAGCAGACAGCCAGUCCGGGGCUGCAGGGAGGCGAGAAAGAUGACCAAGUUCUCUCGCCCGCAGAUGGUUGCCAUGGUGCUGUUUUCCUUCCUGCUGACCCUGAGUUUGGGCUUGUGGCUGCCCGAGAUGCUGAAGGCGUUUUUCAAGGUGUUUGGUUGCCCGGAGGAACUAGUGACCCAGAACAUCUUUCUGGUGUAUCUGAUGUUUGUGCUGUGCGUGGCGCUGCCUACUCUGCCCCGCGGCUCUGUGAAGGUUGAGGGCAAGGCCAUCUUAAUCACAGGAUGUGAUAAAGGAUUUGGUUUUGCUUUGACAGAACAUCUACAUGCCAAAGGGUUUUCUGUUUUUGCUGCCUGCCUCUUAAAGGAUAAAAAUGGCGAAGGUGCUCAACUACUUGAGGAGAAGAAAUGUGAGCGUCUAAAGGUUCUUCAAAUGAACGUAUGCUCGGAUGAGGAAGUGCUACAGGCGGUGGAAUUUGUAAGGAGACAUUUGAGGGAUCCGGAGAAAGGACUUUGGGGCGUGGUGAACAAUGCUGGCAUUUCCACUUUUGGCGAGGUGGAAUUUACAAGUAUGGCACAUUACAAGGAAGUUGCAGAUGUCAACAUAUGGGGAACCAUCCGAGUAACUAAGGCCUUCCUUCCCCUUAUCCGGCGAGCGAAGGGCCGUGUUGUGAAUGUCACCAGCAUGUUUGGACGCGUUGGAAUCUCUGGCCAGUCUGCCUAUUGUAUUUCAAAUUAUGGAAUGGAAGCAUUCUCAGACUGUCUGCGUUAUGAGCAGCGACGUUGGGGUGUUAAUGUCAGCAUAAUUGAGCCAGGGAACUGUAUAGCUGCUACCAACAUCCUUACUCGUGAUCGUAUUGAAAACAUAGCUCACAGACUAUGGGAUGAAACGGAUAGAGUUGUUCAAGAAGAUUAUGGGAAAGGAUAUAUUGAUCGACAGACAUUGGCAAUGAAGUCUUUCUGUACCAGCAGUUCGAAAGACAUGUCUUCAGUUAUUAAUGCCAUCACUGAUGCACUAACUUCUAAAUAUCCAUACACUCGUUAUAAACCAAUGGAUGCUUACUGGUGGAUUAGAUUGCACAUGAUGACCUACUUACCUACGCCAGUUGCCGACUGGUUGUACAGAAAUUAACCAACCUGUCAAUUUGUUACCAGGAUUAUCUGCUUCUAACAUAUUACGACAAUUUCCUCAUGCUUCCAGCUCUAUUACUUAGUGUCCAUUAACUAUUAUCCUGACCCAAGAUUACUCAGCAAAAUUGCAUAAAAGUUAACCUAGUUAUACUGUAUGUUUUAUAAGCACUUGAAUGCAAUAAUUUUUUACUUGAUGCAUUUUGCAGUAGAAAAUACUGCACGGAAUGAAUAUUGCAUCUUCACUUCUGACAACUGAUUCCCAUUGAGGAGCAGUGCACAGUGUGUGCCUUCACACCCAUUUCAUUUGCAAUUUUUUGUUGUAUCAUCACUGAUUCCUUUUAGAUGUGUCUGCAAUUUGUAAAGUGAUUUUCUAAUAUAAUGAACCGAAAAAUGCUUUUUAUGCAUUUAAUACACUGUACCAAGUUUUUCUGAUAUAUGAGAAUUUUGCUUAAGGUUUUCCCAGAAUUUAUCCACUUUGUAAGUUAAGGAAUGAUGUUGCAUAAACUUAAGUUUAAUCCUGACCUGCAAGGUUUGCCUGUGAUUAUAUAGCUUUCCCUCAGGUGGACCAGUUUCCUUGCACAUGCCAAAGAUGUGCAAGUUUGGUAGGUUAAUGCCUAUUGUAAAUUGUCCCUAGUGCAAGUGGGUUUCAGGAGAAUUGGUGAGGUAAGGGUUGACAUGAAGAGUUAAUUGGGAUAAGAGAAGAAGUAAUGAGAGCAGUGUAAAGUUAGAAUGGGUGGGUCCUUGAUGCUUGAUACACAUGUAGUGGGCCAAAAGACAGCCUUUUAUGCUGUAUGAUUCUGAAAUUUGUCUUGUUUGUACUGUUUGUUGAAGGUAACUAUCCCAGAGAAUUCAUGGAACUUUAGUAGGGGCCAGGGCAUUCGUGAGAGAUGCUUUUUUUCUGAUUUUAACUGUAUGGAAGUGAAUUUCCCUGUUGUAGGUGAAACUGGUGUUUUCAUGUACUGUAUUCCAGAGCCAAAUAUUGAGCAUAUUCAUGAUAUAAUCUGGGAUGUUGGACCUUCCACAAGAAGAGUACAAUUCCUCUCUCUUGAUCUCUUAUGAGCCUGCGAAGUAUCAUAAAAUAAAUUCACUAAGCUUUAAACCUAAUG